GGUAUAAAGGGCACCCAGCCCCUGCCCAGCUGAGCCCUGCACCGGAAGCCUCAUCACCACCUUACUGUGCAUUAGAGCCCAGGAGGAGCAGGGCGCAGGGCAGCAGUGGAGGCCGCCAAGACCCGCAAGUCCAGCUCCACCCCAGAAACCUCCCAGUUGCCCACCCCAAGGCCUGGGGCUGCAGCUGAAGCUCAGGAGGUCGUGAGAAAAGGAAGCUCUGGGUUGACCAGGUUGACCUAAGCAGUUCCCAAGAUGUCCCAGCCACAUACUCUGCCAGAGACCCUGCCACCUGCCCUCAGUCAGGAGUCCCUCAAGCCUGUUCCUCCUCCCAGUGACACCCAAAAGGAGCACGUGGCACAGCCAACACCUCUGGAGCAGCUGGAAGGGCAGGAGGCGCAGCAGGAGCAGCUGGAGGGGCAGCAGGAGGCACAGCUGGAGCAGCUGGAGGGGCAGCAGGAGGCGCAGCUGGAGCAGCUGGAGGGGCAGCAGGAGGCGCAGCUGGAGCAGCUGGGGGUGCAGCUGGAGGGGCAGCAGGAGGCACAGCUGGAGGGGCAGCAGGAGGCGCAGCUGGAGCAGCUGGAGGGGCAGCAGGAGGCGCAGCUGGAGCAGCUGGGGGUGCAGCUGGAGGGGCAGCUGGAGGGGCAGCUGGAGGGGCAGCAGGAGCAGCAGGAGGGGCAGCAGGAGGCACAGCUGGAGCAGCUGGAGGGGCAGCAGGAGGCGCAGCUGGAGGGGCAUCUGGAGGGGCAGCAGGAGCAGCAGGAGGGGCAGCAGGAGGCACAGCAGGAAGCACAGCUGGGGGUGCAGUCAGCGCAGCCUGCGCUUGUGCCAGCUCCUGGCGAGGUCCAAGAGCCCCAGCAAGUCCAGCCACUGAAGGGAGAAGUCCUGCCCCCAACAGAGCAGGAGCAGCAGGAGGUGUAGUGCCCGCCCCCCAGGAUAAGCAGCCACUCUCAGUGUCCCAGAGGCCCUCAGAAGGUUCCGUACAAGUGAAGAGGGAGCCAAUGGCCUCACUUACCUCCAGUCCCCAGCCUGGGGGCCCACUCAUCUGUGAACGUGCCUGACUCUGUCCUUCUGCAUGUCUUCUUUUACGGGGCAGAAGUGGGGAGUUAUCCCAGCACCCACCCCUAGUAAACUCAAUCCCAGAACCUCUGCCUGAGGAGACAGUCACCACGGGGACCCUGACUUCAUCCCAAGUAUUGUAGUUGAAUGCCUGAGUGUCUACAAUAAUACAGAAUAAACCGUGAAAGUCCUGGA